AUGCUCACCCGUACGAUCCUCAGACCAUCGACACUACCCACACUCCAACUCCAACUCAGAGCAAUGUCAUCCUCAGCAGACCAACUCGUCGUACCCUCCAGAUCACCUUCCAACAAAGUAUCCAUCUUGACUCUCAACCGACCCAAGGCUCUCAACGCACUGUCCACGCCGUUAUUCCAAGCUCUCAAUGCCGAGUUGGAAAAAGCAGAAGCGGACGAUUCGGUCAGGGCGAUUGUGAUUACGGGUGGAGAAAAGGUUUUCGCGGCUGGGGCGGAUAUCAAGGAGAUGAAGGAUAAAGAGUUCGCCGAAGCUUAUACGACCAACUUCCUCGGAUCAUGGAACAAAAUCGCUUCUAUCCGGAAACCAAUCGUAGGGGCAGUAGCGGGCUAUGCUCUCGGUGGAGGAUGUGAACUCGCAAUGUUAUGUGACAUCCUCAUAGCCACACCCAAAGCGACAUUCGGUCAACCUGAAAUCACACUCGGUAUUAUACCAGGUAUGGGAGGGUCACAGCGACUGACUUCCCUGGUCGGUAAAACCCGAGCGAUGGAUAUGGUCCUUACAGGACGAAAGAUCGAUGGACUCACUGCUGAGCGAUGGGGUCUGGUCAGUAGAGUGACGGAGGAAGGUCAGAGCGUCGUGGAAGAGGCUGUUAAAGUUGCAGAGACCAUCGCUGGGUUCGGGAAGGUUGCUGUGCAAGCUGGCAAAGAGGCUGUCAAUGCUUCUCUUGAUCUCCCUCUCGAACAGGGAUUAAGACUCGAAAGAAGACUCUUCCAACAACUGUUCGCUACUCAAGAUCAGAAAGAGGGUAUGGCUGCGUUCGCCGAGAAGAGAAAACCCACUUGGUCAGAUAAGUAG